GAGCAGCUGGAGCGGUGCCGUGGUUUGGGUUUGAUGGGGAGAGUGUGACAGCGCAGCGGUGGCUCUGGCUGUUGCUGAGCUCUGGAGGCCGUUCCUGCUCCUCACCCCCGGCCAGCGACGGGUGGGGGGCAGCAGGUGCCGGGGGGGACACGGCCGGGACAGCCGACCCCGGCUGGCCACGGGGAUGUUCCAGAGCACACCGUGGCGUGCUCGGGGUGUAAAGCUGGGGAAGGAGGAGAGACAGCGGGAGUGAUGGCGUUUGUCUUCCCAAGGCACCAUGCCGUGGGAUGGAGCCCGGCGUUCCCGGGGAUGGCUGAACCCCCCGCCUGCCAUGGGGAGCCGGGAACGGAUCCCUUGGUUCGUUUCGCUUCCGUGUGGCUUUUGCUUUACUUAUUAAACCGUCUUUAUCUCAACCCACCAGUUUUUCCUCCCUUUUGACCUUCCGAUUCUCUCCCCCGUGCAAACAUGGCGGGGGGUGAGCGAGCAGCUGCGGGGGGCUCAGCUGCCGGCGGGGGGUGAAACCGCGACCCGCCGUUGGCAUCCCAGCCCCGCAGAAGGCGCAGUCGGACAAAAACCCUGAACUCCCAACCUGUAACUUGCAAGCCUGAACUCCCAACCCUCAGCCGCCCUGCCCUGCCCUGCCCUGCCCUUCCCUCCCCACCUUUGCCCGGCCCGCAAGCGUUUAUCGCCCGCCGCCGGGGUGUGAGGGGCGGCCCGGUGCCCUGCCUCCCCACACGCCCCUCACGGCCGCCAUCCCGCUGCUAACACCGCCCUCCCCCCGCCCCUCGGCCACCUCCCCGCCGCUAACGCCGCCCCUCACCGCCGCGUUAAACCCCCGUGUUGAACGUUCCGCGCUCGGGGCCGGGGGGGGGGAUGUUUCCCCGCCGGGCGCCGUCGCCUCAGCGGCCGUUGGUGGCGCUGCCGCCAUUUUGCGGCCCCUGAGGGAGGACACGGCGGGGCGGGCCCGUCGCCGCCCUCAUGCUGCCGCUGCUCCUGGCCCUGGCCCUUGCCCUGCCCGGCCCAGCGGCCCGGACGGCUCUCGCCCAGGGGUGUGGGGAGCGCCCGCUCUUGGACGUCAUCCCGGGGUCCCGCGUCGUGGGGGGACACGAUGCCGAGGUGGGCGCCUGGCCCUGGGCCGUCAGCCUCCAGCUCCGCCGGCCCGGCACCCACUUCACCCACGUCUGCGGGGGAGUUCUGGUGAACAAGAACUCGGUCCUCACCGCGGGCCACUGCGUGGCAGGAAGGGAGGGCCCAUAUUCCUGGAGAGCGGUUUUGGGCGUGCAUAACCUGCAGAAAAACGGCAGACACACGGUAAAAAGAAAGAUCAGAAGCAUCACCGUGCACCCAGAAUACAAGAGAGAAACCUUUGAAAACGACAUUGCGUUAUUUGAACUGGGUUACGCAGUUCGCUACAGCAGCUACAUCCAGCCCAUCUGCUUACCCCCCCCAGACCUUCCCCCGGGCAUGGAGAACGGGACGGAAUGCUUCAUCAGCGGCUGGGGACGCACGGCCGAGCAAGGUGAUACUUCGGCUGUGUUAAAAGAAGCUCAAGUGGAAAUCAUUCCUUACAGCAUCUGUAACGGUUCGGAAUCGUACGGGGGGCUGGUGAACAAGAACAUGAUUUGUGCCGGCUCUCGAUUCGGAGGCAUCGAUGCCUGCCAGGGAGACAGCGGUGGACCUUUAGCGUGUUAUCACCCUGGCACCAACAAAUACUACCUCAUCGGGAUUUCCAGCUUCGGACUGGGCUGCGGCCGACCAGCGUAUCCUGGGAUCUACGUCCGCUUAUCACAAUACAGAACAUGGCUAACGUCCAAACUGCUGAGCAGCACGGCUGAGAACCCCGCGAGCGUUCCACUCGCCAUCUUUCUGACUCUGACAUGGACGGUACUUGUGUCGACUUUCUAAAGGGACAAACCAUCGUGUCAUCCUCCCAGAGGUCUGGUCUGCCCGUCAAACUUUGGAACGAACCAACUCCUGUUUCAGAAUAAAUCCAAGAGCCAAAGGACAUACACUUUUUUUUUUUUUUUUCCAGAAGUCAUGUUUGCAAUUGUAGUAUCUUUUUUGUUUCCUGCCUUUGAUAUCCGUACUAACAGCAGAGGAAACGAUAACAGCCUUGACCCCAAUAAUGAAAUCAAAUAUAGAAACGUUACCAAGUGAAAAUACGUGUUACCUCCCCUGUUUCUGUGCUUUCCCAGCCACCAGAACCUUCGCUACCACUUAGUGACACCACCACGAUUCUGUAGAUGGCGGAGACGCUCCCUCUGCCGGGUGAAUUAGCAGAGCACAACACGGUUUUGGUUAACUGCGGCUCAGCUUACUGAAAACUAAUAAGGGAAAAAAACCUGUGGAAAGACAAAAGGUAUUCUCCAGUAAUUAUUUUUAGUGACGACUAAGUUGCACGCACAAAUAACUUAGUACUCUGCCUGCUGAAAGCACACAUCAGGUAAAAGAUCUCUGGGUGCU